AUGGAAGAGAUUUUCAGUCAUAUGGAUGGAAAAUUUGAAGUGACUCUAACAGAUUCCACAAUGAUGUGGAUUGUGCAUUGUGCCAUGAACAAAGCUCAAGAGAAGAUGAAGACCAAAAAGGGAGUGAUUGAGCGUUUGAAUGAGAUCUCCAAAUUCUAUGAGUUGGCUGUGUUGCAACUUGAAGGCUGUCUUAGUUUUGUCAAGGCAGAGACAGAAAGAAACAGCAUUCUUGAUAGUAAUCACCAACAGGUUCUUUCUGACUUGAGAGAAAUCAAAGACCGUCUCCAACGGCGGCUUGAAGAAUCUGAAAUGGCCAUUUCUCAGAAGGAUAGAGAGUUGACAGAGAGAUUAGAGAAUGAGUUCAAGCUGAGGCAGCAGCUUCAACAGCAGCCAUUAAUGGAGCUACAAGAAGAAGAAAUGGCUUCUUUAGGUCUUAACAUUGACAUUGAAAACACAAAAUCAAAGAUUCAUGAUAGUGAUAGCCAUGGUGGUGCUUCUUUUGAGAAGAUGAAAACUUGUGCAGAUCAACAAAUGUUGAAUAUUAAUGAAACAAUUGAACCAAAUGUCAACAUGCUAGGUGAGGUGCCACAUAGUGGUAUUGACAGCAAGAAGGUUGAAGAAAUGGGAUGUGACAUAGACAUACUGAAGCAGACUUUAGAUGUUGCUUUUGAGAAGAUUCAGAAUGUCAUUUUCGUUGGUGAAAUGGGUCCAAAAGAGCACCAAUGGAAGCUAACAACUGAAGAGGAGGUACAGUCCAUCUUAGUGAAAAGUUACAUGAGAGAAUUCCAAGAGAAUAUUGAAUCAGAAGUGAAAAUGCAAGGCAUGCAAAUUCUGAGAAAUUGGUGGGACCAUUGGUCACAGUUGAUGAAUGAGGUCACAAACUUAAGGCAUGAACUUGGUCUUUUUCUUAGCCAAAAUGAGUUUCAUGCUGAGGAUUAUAGUAACACUUCAUUCCUUUUUUCCCAAGAAAAUUUUUCUGAGGAAAUGAUGGGAAAACCUGCAUCAGAACAAAGUGGUCAUGACAAGUUACUGGAAGAUGGAAGAAACUUUGUUGCUAAAAUGGCGAAGAAACAUCAAUCCGUUAUUCGCCGAAAGAGCGAAGAACUGAAUAUAAGUAAGUAUGGAUUACAAGAAAAGAGAGGUUCACCAACAAAGAAAGAAGAAAAGGAGCUGAGUAGCAUAAAAGACAGGAUGCAAAAUAUUGCCGCCAGGUUGGACGUUCUAGUUACAUGGAAUUCUUCAGUAAGUGAAUCGCUUUUCAACCGAAGAGAUGCAUCUGAUCAUGAAGAAAUGAAUGAGCGAACCUUGGAAAGUGCAUGGGAGAAUAUGAAGAGAAUCUCUAACGCAAGAAAUGAAGAACAAGAAAAUAAUGGAGCUGUGUUAAACAGAGAUAAUAGAGAAGACAAGAUAUCAGAAACCAAGUUCUUUGACCAAGGUGUAGUUGAAGAAUAUCAUAACAAAUCCUUCAAUUCUGACAUAGAGAAGCAAAUAGAGGAGGGUUUAUUUAAAUUCUACUUAGAAGAAACAAUCAAAGGCUGGAAUGAGUGUAUCGAAAGAAAUAAAAUUGAAAGCCAGAUCAGAGAGGAGGUAUAUUUCAACGUAUUAUCCGACUCAGCUAAGGAUAUCAUCAGUUCAGCUCAGGAGACUACUAAAGUAGAUGAAAUAGAUAAAACCAUAAGUGAGAAUAUAGGCAAGCUAGUCUACAAAGAAAUGAUAUCAGAAUACAACAUAGCAUUAGAAGAUUAUAGUGCUUUGAUGGAGUAUAGAGUAGAUAAUUUUCUCAAUCAUUUCCAGCUUGCGAGCAUAGAAAAUCUUCUGAAGGAAGAUAUAUGCAUGGUUGUACUCAGAUGCAUGCUCAUAGAAUGGAACACAGAGUUAGAGAAUUACUACUUAGAGAACCUUAUUAAGGAACAACUACAUCAGUUCAUAGUGGUUGAAAUAAUGAAAGAGGCCAUCAUUUUGCCCUUGGAAGUCAAGUCACAACAUGUUCAAGAUAAAACCGAAGUUCAAGGUGAAGAGAAGUUGAUUAAAAUUUUGCUAGAGUCUUUACUGAACUGUUUUGAAGCAGAGGAGAUCUUGAUGUUAAGUGCAAAAUCAGAAAUCAAGGAACAUAGCAGGCAACUUGACUUGGGCUCGGAACGUGGCGAGUUACACGAGCAUGAAAUUUUCGAGGAUUUGAUAAUUGGAGAAGAGCAGACUUUCUAUUCCUUGACUAACAAGGUAGAGAAUGCAUUGCAACAACUAGGCAUAAGCAAGGCACUUUUAAGUGAGUUGGGAACCACUUUAGGCCUUAGAUUAUGCAACUCAGAGAAAAAUAUUGAUCAAACAACAGCAACACAGGAAGCUGAGAAAUUAAUGUCAGAUUUAUUGCCUUUAUUUAAUUUCUCACAUACAUUUACAGAAUUUGAAGGCAUGGUAAGCCACAAGCUAGAGAUAGAGACUGUGAGGUUAGAGAACAUGAACUAUUGUUUGGAAUUAGUGGCUGAGUCAAUUAAUUGCUUGAGAAGCAAGGCAUCAAUUUUCCAGAAAGCCUUCACUAGUAGAUGCCAGAAUCUCCAAAAAGCUGAACUCGAGGUUGAUCUUCUUGGUGAUCAAGUGGAUGUACUUCUAACCUUACUUGAGAAGAUAUAUGUUACUCUUUAUCGCCAUGCACCAGUUUUGCAGCAACAUUUUGAGGUCUAUAAUAUGUUGGAGUUGAUAAAGAAAGAACUCUCUAAUGAAGCUAUACAGGCACUUAAUGCAGUGACAAUGAGAUAA